AGACAGGAAGCUAGAGUGGUGAAUUAGCUCUUCUACAGCGCUGGUCCGCUCACUCCGCCUCACUUCUCCGUAGCUCAGGGACCUGGCCUGCCCCGUCUUUUACCUCAGGGCCGCACCCCGCCCUCCAGCUGCCCGGGCAGCGCUAGCGGCUCGCCUCUCCUUUGGCCCCGCGGCUGCGGGCGGGUCCUGCGGCACAGGUGGCUGCCGGGCCGAGCCGGGCGGGGAGGAGGGAGGCAGGUCUGCGGGUAGGUGGUUACAGGUCAGCGCUUGGAUGGGCUGGUGCGGCCUGACUCACUCCCCGUCGCCUCCUGGGCGCUGCCAGCCGCAAGCACCGUUCCGCUGCCGCCCGCGGGCUGCCAGUGCCCCUGGCUGCACCGCCAUCAGCGGUGGAGGGCUGCCACUUCGCUUCUCCUGCGGGCCCAAGUGACUGUCGCAUGAGUUCUUCAAGGAUAAUGGAUCCUAAGAUGCGAGAGACUGAAGGAGAUGGAGAGGAUAAUUCAGGAAAGAAAAAAUCAAAGUUCAAGUCUUUCAAAAAGUUUUUUGGCAAAAAGAAAAGGAAGGAGUCAUCAUCUUCUGGGAGCAGCAGUCUGAAGCUAUGCCAGUCAACAAGUGAUGUCGCAGCUCCUCACAACAUGCACAUUAAUUAUGACUCUGAAGAUGACCUUGAGGUGCAUAAAGGCAUUAUGGGAAGCAGAGCUUUGUCACACGAUAGCAUUUUCAUCCCUGAGACUGCGCCAGAGCCUGCAAGGCCAGUAAGAGUGCUCUCUCAAGAAAAUGUUUCUGAUCGGAUUAGAGCUUUACAGUUGAAACUCCAGCCUACCAUGAAAUUGGGACCUCCACCUCCAUUUGGAUUUCAUGCAAAGCGAACAGAGGAUGCUGGGACCAGUUCUGAAGAUGAUGGAUUACCCAGGAGUCCUCCAGAAAUGUCCUUACUCCAUGGAAACCUAAAUUCAGGCACAGCAGCAAGAUUCUCUGAUUCUCACAGGCACCUUAGCUCUCUGAGUUUAGCUGGAACAGGCAGUGAAGAAGAAGAACAGGUUAUGUUGAGUCCUUCUUCUAGAUCUCUCUCUACAGACAGUCAGCUGUUCCCUAGGCAUGGAAAUGCUAAAACUGGAGCUCCCAGGAUAUCUGACAAUACCAUCUCACCCGCAGCCGACUUUGACACUCCACCUGAGUUUUCCUCUUGCUUGGAUAACUCUGCUGCUAAACACAAGCUUUUAAUAAAACCCCGGAACCAGAGGUCCAGUAAAAUGAGAAGAUUUUCUCAGAGGACCCAGUCUGAAUCUCUGACUGAUUUGAGCUGUACCCCAGAAGAAGAAGAAGAUGUUGAAAAGGAGGUGCAGACAGACCUGUCAGAUGCUGUAUUUAAACCCAGCAGUCAAGAACUGCCAUGCAACACAACUGCAGCACAGGAUGUGGCUUCCUGGCCACAGCUCAGAAUGCCUGAGGACCUUCCCCCUGCUUUGAGAUCAGCGAUGACUCAGCCUGCUUCUGAGUCUGCUGUUGUACAGGAAGCCCUGCUACCAGAGAAUAAACCAGAGGGCUGCCAACCAACACUGGAAACAGUGUAUGUGAAGUCUGAGUCCUCAAUGCUGUUAGAAGGCAAAGACUCUGCAACUUCUUUCUACUCCAAUCCAGAGGGAGAAGUACAAAAGCAAGAAGACUCCUCAGAAACAGCAGUUCUGUUGUCUGGAGGUGUGAAUGAUGUGACAAUCGACAUUUUAAAUCGAGAAACUAAGGAGCUUCCUACUGUGUACUCAGUAAAUAAAAUACCAUCUGAAGAAGAUAUUUCAAUAAGUAAGAAUAGUAUUUGUUUGGAAGGGUCAGAAGAAAAUAUACAGCAGGAUGAUCAGAUACCUGUGGAAAUGCCCUGUAAUAAAGAGGCAAUGAAAGGGGUUGCUCUACUGUCAGAGUCCAGCAAGCACUUUUCCAUAGGUUCUUUACAGCCCACAGAUUCAUACCAUGUUUCACAUCCUGCUUCCUCAACAUGGAUGGGAUCAUCUGCUUCUGUCUCUCUAGAGAAAACAAAGACUGCCCCAGAAACAGCUGCUUCUGGUAAGGAGAACAGUCAGUCACUGGUACAAAAGGAGGAACUUUUGGAGGAGAAAGCUGAAAAAGCAGCCAAUGAACUCAGUGCCUUGAGAAAGUUUUCUGUCUCCUCUGCAAGGGAGAGACCAAGGACCAGAAGCCUACACUUCCCAGAAAGAUCAGAGUUGGAAAGCCCUUUAAAUACUGGAUUCUUCCUGUCAAAAGAACAGGUGUCCUUGAGAAAUGAGAAGUGGAAAGACAACUUGCAGAAAGGAUCAGAUCUGGAGGAGGAGAAAAGUAGCAACAAAAAACAGGCUAUAGUGCCAGAGUCCAACUCUGAGAGCACAGGCCAACCUACAGACAUUUCAGUUGGCUGCGUUUUGCUGGCACCAAGUGAUUCUUCAGUGGUAUCUCAGAAUCAGCUGAGCUGUGAAGAUAAAAGUCCUUUUCAAGUGAAACUUAGAUCCACCUCACUGUCCUUGAAAUUUAGAGAAAACUCAUCACCAGAAUCAAAAGGAAUUAAAAGAUAUAGUGCAGAGUUUACUUUAGAAAAUGAGGGGUUGACUUCCCUUCUAAAAGGUGAUAAGGCACAGACCAAAAAAACAGCUGAUACAAAUACUGGUGAUUCUUUACAUGAAAAGAACAAACCCAAAGCAAAAUCUUCUGAACAGCUCAGUAGCAAACCUCCAUUGCCUAAAAAGCCAGCCUUGCAAAACAUACCUAUUUCAAAUACUGCUGCAAACAAGUUGAAGCAGGACAAAGCUAUUCACUCUCCUGAAUACAGAAACGAAGACAAAGACUUGGAGAAAAAGUCAAAUCCUUCUAAAGUGCCUGAGAGAAGUGUGCCUUCCUCCGUGGCUGCUGGAGACUCUGGAAAAUAUCCCAACACUCCUGCGGAGCCAGCCUGGAUUUCCAUAGCAAGGCAAAAGCAGAGGGGCAUACAGCAGGAGCAGGAAUUCAACAGAGAGAAACUUGUGGCUCCAGAUGUUAAGUCAGAUGCAGAGAAACAGAAUAAAGAGAAGGAACAAACAGAGGGGUCAGUGAAGCAGCAAUGGAGCAAACCUUCACACUUGGCACCUAAAACCGCUUCUGAAGACCAGAGGAAAGAGACAAAAUCUGAAGUGAAAGAGUCACUGCUGGGAACCAGUGCACUGCUGCAUUAUGUCCCUGUAGCUCCAUCACCAGCACUGGUGGAUAAAGAGGAAAUAAGCCACCUGAAGAAAACCAGUAAUGCUGCUCCAGAUCAGCCGUUGUGGAUGGAACUGGCCAAAAAGAAAUCGCAAGCCUGGAGUGAUAUGCCACAGAUUAUAAAAUAGAAUAAUGAAGACAGAUAGCAUCUUUCAUAAUUAAGUCAGCUACUUAACAGAAUUUCUACAGACCAGAGCUAAUCACCGCGAAGAAUCUCUUGAGGAGAAGGGAUUUAUUACACAGCUGUGGAGAAAGUGUGCAAUAGGUGCAGUCAAAAAGUUUACCUUGAACUUUGUAGCAAUCAGGAUUUCAAUGGAUGGCAAUGGAUUACUUAAAUUAUGCUAAGGACAUACUUAACACUUUGGAAAUAAAACUUUUGCCUUACAUAUUUCUUGUGUUUUCUGCUUUAAAUGACAUUUGCAUCAAAAUGGGAUCUUUGCUAAACCUUGCUGAACUUCUGUUGCUGCUGGAGAUUUCUGUCUGUUAUGGUUUUCUCUGUUUACAUUUACAGAUUGUGCACCAACAUCCUGUUGAAUCACCUGGCACUCUUUCAAUCAAAGCUGUUCAGCCCAUGGAGUUAUUAAUGAAUAGCUGCUAGUGAGUAGUCCCUGGAGAUGUUCAAGAUCAGACUUGAUGUGACACUGGGCAGCCGUGUGGAGUUGGAGGUGUCCCUGCUCAUUGCAGGGCGGUUAGAUGUCUAAGAUGGACUGUGAGGGUCCUUUCCAACCCAGUGCAAUCUGUGAAUCUGUAAAUUCUGCCUGUUUGUGAAGCUGUGUUUGUGAAGUGGUCCAGUUUCUGGGCUUGGGUUACACUUCAUGAGGCACAAACACACACACCCCCCGCUAUGUAUGUGUGACCACAAAUAAAAAAGUCUCAUCUCCUUCUGUGUGCAACAUUGGCUGCACAAUGUUUGCAGGCAGGGGAACAGUUAGGACCUGCAGCUUGAAACUCAAAUACAUUUGUAGUUGCUUUCCUACAUGAAUUUAUCUGGUUGCAGCUGCCUUUCCUUUAUGUGAAAUCAUCAUUCUCUAUUAGGAGGACAGCAGCAGUGGCACUGACAAUGUGAAUUUAGUAAAAAAAAUAAGGACUGAACAUUCCUGAGCUAAAGUCCAAACUGAAAUUCUGGAGGAAACUGUGAACUUCAUUGCUUUGUCAGCGUCAUGGAUCACCCUAACUCUAAUCUUAAUCACUCUCAUUAAAAAAGCAGAAGCAUAUA